ACUAUGUUUUGACAUUUCUAAAUAUCCUACGUAACAGACCAUAAGCUUCAAUUGUAAAUACAAAAUUCAUUAAUUAUGGAAUACUUACAUGAAUUAAUAGCAUUGGGUGUUGAUGGCCUGAUAUUGGGUCUAUGUUUAAAAGAGUAUUUUAGUUACAAAAGAACGCUCGAUGUCCUAAAAAUUGCUAAGCAAUAUCCCAUUGACGAUAGUUUAAAGGAAAUUGUAAAACAAUCUCCAGACGGCAAAAUUAAUUAUGGAAUUAUUCGUGGAACUGUUAAACCAAUUGGACAGCCCAUUCAAAGUGUUAUGUCACCGUCAGUCACAGGAGUCUUACAAGUUAUCAAACUAAGCGAACAUCGUAUCGCAAGAGGAUUUGCUGGUUUCUGGACAGAGCAGAGAAAACUUAUUCAUGUGUCCUCCAAUGAAGUACCGUUCACAAUUAAUAAUGGGACUGUGGGCGUGGAGAUUAUUGAUGGUCUGGGAUCGGAAAUAUUAGAUCUGGAUGUUGUGUACGAUAACUAUGAGCCAUCCAGUCUGUCGUUCUUCGAUCACAUAUUUGGAUUCUUUUCCGGCGUACGACAAAGGGGACUACAGACAACAGAAGAAGUACUGCGAGAUGGCAGUUUUAUCACAGCUGUUGGUGAAAUUGAUUUGGAUGGGAAUUCGUUGAGGCUUCAGUCUUCUAAAAUGGGUCCCAUGUUGCUGACGACUGCUACCAAGAAUACUUUGGUCAAGAAAUUUGAAGAAGCGAAGUCAUCGAUGAUAUUCAAAGUUAUUAUAUGCGGUACAAUAUCCGCUGUAUUAGUCGGUGUAAUUGCGAGAAAGUUUUAUUUGAAGAAAAAGCAAGAACGACAAGAUCGUGAAUUGCAAGAAGCCCUAGACCGUUCCAGACGAACACGCAGAGCGAACACUCGGCAAACAAACAUUUUAGAAAAGGAUAUGUGCGUUGUAUGCGUCUCCAAUCCCAAAGAGGUCAUUUGUUUACCCUGCGGACAUGUGUGCUUGUGUGAAGACUGCUCAUUGAAAAUAAAAGUGUCGUGUCCGAUUUGUAGGGCAAAAAUCGAUACCAAAGCGGCAGCUUUUGUUUAAGUGUCUAUCAAUUAAAAAUCAUAUUUUAGACAAAAAAA